GAAUGCAGAUGGCCUUGGCUUCGUGAAGUAUUGUGGUUGGGCUCCGUAUCGGCGCCCUCUGACUGACCCUGACUUUCGGAACGACACGGACUGCCGGGAUGUGAUGCUGCAGCCACAUCGGGACUACAUCGGCGCCUGUGCGUUGGAAGAGUGUCAGGGACUGGAGGACUGCGUCGCGCGCUGCGACCUCUGUGCGAACUGCUCAGCCGUGUUGUACAACAGCCGGGAGGCGAGCGGAAUCCGGUGUCACAUGCAGAGCAAUGUCUACGUCGAGUCUCUGGAGAGCGCAGCGUUGCCGGUGGCAUGGUCCUUCUAUGUCAACGAGCGAAACAUCGGCUGCCGCCCGGAAGCCGAGACAGACCUUCUAAGCACGCGAGGCCUUCGCGGUUUCCGUCUCUUCGCCGAUCUCGGCUGUUCGCAGGAGCUGGUGCCUGACCAG